GAGUCUGAUGCAUUUUCCGUAUUUUUUUCGUGUUAAUCCAUGGGCGAAUAUAUAUUCCAGUACAUCAUCAUCAAUCCCUCACAUUCGUUUGUUUUUCCCUCUUAUGCAACAGGAGUUUGAAGAAACAGUGGUCCCCCAACCCAUGGAAGUCAAGGACAUCAUGAAAGAAGACAUCCUCCCAUGGCUCCCGGCUAAAGCCCUCACGAGGUUCAAGUCCGUCUCCAAGGGCUGGAACUUCUGGAUCAAGAGCCCGGUCAUGGCCCACCGCCAGUCCUACACCCACAAAUCCAUCUUGGGCUUCUUCUGCCAGGCCAACUACUCUCAUGAGCCCGACUUCUUCACCUUCGACCAGGCCUCCUGCGGUGUCCCCGACCCCUCCCUUUCCUUCCUUCCGGUCUCCACCUACGUGGCCGGCUCGACCCAUGGCCUCCUCGUCUGCCGGACCCACUCUGAGCCCGACCAAUACUACGUCUGCAACCCUGCGACCCGGACCUUCCGGAAGCUCCCCAGUCCCGGGCUCUACCACGGGCUUGACUCGGCCUGCAUCCUUGCAUUCGACCCUGCCCUCACCAACAUCGAAUCCUACUACCAGCUGGUGUGCGCAGUGCCCCUCGUGGGCCAGCCCGAGGGCACCCUCGAGGCGGUCGACCACCUCAUUUAUGGAGGCCGACAACAGAGACGUCGGCUUUGGGGCGAGAGGUUCAGGCGGAAGGUACAUGUUGCGCCCUCGUUUCCAGACCAUUUCACCCUGGUCAGUGCGGGAACGCUUUCCCAGUGUCACCUCGCGCUCCGCAUCAUCUUGGCCACUAAACUCGACCAGAGCCUUGGUCGAGCCAGUAGAGAGGCUCUUGGAAGAAGAAUGGUCGAGAGGAGCUUUGUCUGGGGUCUUGGCUUUGGACGAGGCAUUGGGUUCAGAAGAUUUGUUCGUGGUUUUGGAAGAAGUGGCAUCUUUGGGAUUGAAAGCUCGAUGGUCGGUUUUUUGGUGGCUGUUGUCGAUCUUUUGGCGGUCGUCAGUUUUUUGGUGGCGGCUGUCGGUUUUCUGUUGGCGGUCAUUGGUUUUGGAGGUGGUCGAGGCCUGGUUGGUAGAGGCAAAAGCAAAUGUGUGCUGGGGAGUUUUGCCGGGAGGAGGCGGAGGAGUUUGGCGUUGCUGCGACUGCUGUUAUUAUUGCGGCCCUGGCGGCGGAGGAGGUGGCAAAGGGGUCCCUUGAGGAGGGCGCUUAGUGGAAGUUCUGCGGGGGUUUUUUGGUCGAGGUUUUGUUGGAAGAAGAGUUUGAAGCACCAGGCUGAGAAGAACAAGGAGAAAUGGUUGAAGAGGGAGCAAAAGUGGGUUGAAAAAAAAAUAACCUCGUCCACCUCUGGGUCGUCUAACUCGCCAAGGGCAGGACGACGACGGUGGAGGGGGAUAUUAUCCAUGGUAUCCCCAGAAUUAUCAGAAGCAACGCGGGCAGUAAAAACGAUGGUGGGGACGGUCUCGCCGGGGCGAAGAAUCGAGAGGGGAACAACCUCAA